AGGUACUUUCUCCCGGCCCCGAGCCGCCGGAGGCAUGCGCGCGAUCUCUCGGCGAAGAACGCGACGAGGGGUGGACCCCUCCCAUCCAAUCCUACGAGAAAAUAUCGCCAUCCAUGCCGUCCCACGAGGCGUAUAUCGGGUGAGUACAGCCCUGCCUUAUCCCCUUACGAACAACGGGGGUCCCUGCGAGUCGAAUAUGCCGCAGAGCCUCAUUUCCAGGCAAUUUUUGUGAGACCCCAAACCGCCGGAGGCACGCGCGGGCUCUCUCGGUGA